CUCAGACCCGGGCUGCCCCCCCACUCGAGCCGGGACUUCCUCCCUGCACCCCUACCCCGAGGCUGCCCGGCGGUCAGGACCGUCGCCCCAGUUCUGCUCGACUGUCCGGAUGCUCGCUGGGCUGGGGCCGUGAGGCACCGAGAAGGAUCAGGAACACCCGUGUCCGGCCCUGCCUGGAGUGUUUGUUCAAUGGAGAAGUUGGUGAGUGUGGAGAAGGCUGAAAGGAGGAAGAGAAGCAGCAGCUGAGGAGACAGGUUUGAGCUGGCUAGAGGAGACGAGAGAGCAGGGAGGGGUCAAGCCACCCACCAGAGAAGCAGCAGAGAGCCUCUGACCAGCAUCCUCUAUAAAGGUUAAAGCUCAUUCACGCUGCAAGCUGGACACACUCUGAGCCUCCUCCUCACGAUGCUGUAUGUGCACAAUGGUUAUUAGGCAAUCCACAUAUCAGGAAAAGGGACAUUCUUCCAUAAGGCUGUUCCCUGUGACCUAAUGAAUCCUUUGUAAAAAGCGGACUCAGCUAGGAUGUUACACCACCAUUGUCGAAGGAACCCUGAACUCCAGGAAGAAUUGCAGAUUCAGGCUGCAGUGGCUGCUGGGGAUGUUCACACAGUACGGAAGAUGCUAGAACAAGGCUAUUCUCCCAAUGGCCGGGAUGCUAAUGGCUGGACCCUGCUUCAUUUCUCUGCAGCAAGAGGGAAGGAAAGAUGUGUUCGAGUAUUUCUAGAACAUGGAGCCGAUCCAACAGUUAAGGACUUGAUCGGAGGCUUCACUGCUCUUCAUUAUGCAGCCAUGCACGGCCGGGCCCGGAUUGCACGCCUGAUGUUAGAAUCUGAAUACAGGAGCGACAUUAUUAAUGCCAAAAGCAAUGAUGGCUGGACUCCCCUCCAUGUGGCUGCUCACUAUGGUAGGGACUCAUUUGUCCGACUCCUACUGGAGUUCAAGGCUGAGGUCGACCCACUCAGCGAUAAAGGCACCACCCCCCUUCAGCUCGCCAUCAUCCGAGAGAGGUCAAGCUGCGUGAAGAUCCUCCUGGACCACAAUGCCAACAUCGACAUCCAGAACGGUUUUCUGUUGCGAUACGCUGUGAUCAAAAGCAAUCACUCUUAUUGCCGAAUGUUCCUUCAGAGAGGAGCAGACACAAACUUGGGUCGCUUAGAAGAUGGACAGACUCCUUUGCAUUUGUCUGCCCUUAGGGAUGAUGUGCUUUGUGCACGGAUGUUAUAUAACUAUGGAGCGGACACAAACACAAGGAACUAUGAAGGACAGACCCCAUUGGCUGUUUCAAUAAGUAUUUCUGGAAGUAGUCGACCGUGUUUGGAUUUCUUACAAGAAGUCACAAGACAGCCCAGAAACUUGCAGGACCUGUGCCGAAUUAAAAUUCGACAAUGUAUAGGCCUUCAAAACCUAAAGCUACUUGAUGAACUACCAAUUGCCAAGGUCAUGAAAGACUACUUAAAACACAAAUUCGAUGAUAUCUGAUGUACACAGAACUGUGAGCAAGAUUAGGAGUUAUAUUCCAGAUACUUAAAAGGCUUUUUGCCUUGCACAAAGUAUAUCCUAUGCAAUUUCUGAUUUGCUGUGAAGUCAGAAAGCAGGUAUACACUUUUAGGUUUUUUGAUUGUUUGUUUGUUUGGUUUUCAUGGUAGGGGAGGGAUUUUUUUAUAUAUAUAAACACACACACACACAC